GAUUUGUGAAAUUUAACUACUCCUUUAUUAGUUUUUGAUUCUGAAAUUAAGUAAUUUCUAAUCCGCAUAGUUUCCAGUGGAUUAAUAUUUUUCUUAGAAUGCAAAACUUUCAUUAGUUCUCUGAAUUGUGACACUAUUUUUGCAUAACGUUGCAAAGUCUUCACUUGUUACACAUACAAGUUUUUAUUUAUGUUUUUAAAUAAAUUUAAUCUGGAGUUGAUAAGAUUAGGGCAAUGUUUUUAAAUUGUUAAUUAGAAUGUAGUUUUCUGAGAAAAGAUAAAAUAAAUUGACCUAUAUCUUAAUCAAUUUUAAUAUGAAGCUAAUAGAAUAGUGUAAACUUUUUUUAUGUUUUUUUGGAAAUCAUAAUAAGAUGUAGGUUUUAUUAAAUUUUUAAGAUGUAGAUGAUAAUUUUUAGAUGUAGAUGAUAACAUUUACAAAAAUUUUCCCAAAUAAAUAUGACAGUUUUUACCAUAACAAUUUAAUUUAUGUAUGCCUUUAAUGUGUAUUUGUUUUUACUAAGUAUUUAAUAUUAUUUUUAUUACCUUUAUUGUUAUUUUUUUACUUAAAUUUAUCAACAAAAAAAAUUACCAAUUUUUUUCUGAAUUAUAUUUUGUAUCUUUGAAUGAAUCUCAAAAUUGAAAAUUAUGAAAAAGAACAUUUCUUUCUCAAAAUUCAAAUUUAUGGCCAACCAACAAGAAAGAUCUUUGUUUUAUGAGCAGAAAUAUUCCCUUCAACAUUUAGAAAGUUUCAGACACCAAUUUCUAUUUGUGUUUCAAAAUGACCACAACUAUGCAUUGCAAAUAAUACCUGUUGAUCAAUCUUAUUCUAAUACAAUCAAUGAUAAAACAUCAAUAGCUUAUUUAAAUAAAAAUGCGAGCCUUAAAUAUCAAAAUGUAAUUGAGGUUAAUAUGCAUAAUGAAACUUCUGACAAAGUUUUUAUUCCACUUUUCAUGACAUCAGAAAAAUCUGUGACAUCAAAAAAUUCAAAAGCAACUUUGAACAUAACUGCAGCAACUCCUGCCAUAACUAAAAAAACAGAGACACUUACCUUUAAUGAAGUUCUGACUCUAUUACAAAAUGCUACUUAUUUUAAUAAUGGAGAUGAAACUAUACCUGUUCGUCCCAAAGCAGGAGAAAUUUAUGGGUUUACAAUUUCCAGUGACAAAACAUUAAAAAAGCAUUUGCGAGCAGAUGGCUAUAUGUGGAGGAACAAAAAAAGUUGUGCAUUAGGAAAUGGUUUAAUCACUAAGACAUAUAUUUACGCAAGAGUUGGUAAAACAUAUACUAACAAUUUUGAAAAGCAUGAAUAUAUGUUGCAAAAUGGAAAAAAAGCAUUGAUUCAUUACUUGGGCAAUGAAAAAUCAUAUGUUGAUAGAUGUCAUGGAAAUUCAACAAAAUCAAAAUCUUUUUUUUACAGAUCAUUGCAUUAUGUUUUUGAUCAAGUUUUGGCUCAAGGGAAAAAUAAACCCAUGGAUGCAUAUAGGAGCCUUUUAUCAAAUGACCCAGGUGGUCAUAUUUCAACUUCUAUUAUUCCAAGAAAUCCUAAACAGGUUGCAAAUAUUAUGACAAGAAAUGCUGAAAAAAAUAAUUUUCAUAAUAAGGAUGAGGUUUGGAAUAGUCAUCUUGUUGCGUAUUCCAUUCAUCCAUUUGUUCGAAAAAUAGAAAGCUACCCAGACAUCUGUAUUUUUAUGUGUUGUGAAAAAAUUGUUGCACAAAUGGAAGAAAUGUUAGAAUUACUACCUUGUAAAGAAAUUACACUUCACUAUGACACAACUUUCAAUUUAGGAAAUUAUUAUUUGUCAUGCUUAGCUUAUCGACACGUUUGUUUGGAAACAAAAAGGAAUAAAUACUUAUAUUCUUCGCCUACUGUUCCUUUUGCAUUUUUUAUACAUGAAAAAAGAUUAGCACAAAAUCACAAAUACUUUUUUCAAACAUUAAAAGAAAAUGUUUGCGGAAAAAAUUUUAAUAAAUCCAGGAAGUUAUUCAUUUCUGAUCGUGAGUUUAAUGGCUCCCAUUAUUUUGAUAAUACAAAAAGUUUGGUAUGUUGGAACCAUUUAUUGCAAAAUGUAAAGGAAUGGAUGCGAAAGAAUGGUAAAUUUUCAUCAUCAGAGUAUGAUGAAGCUGUAAAAGCCAUGAAAUACAUUCUUCAAUCAAAUUCUGUUUUUGAAUAUGAAUCAAGACUUUAAAGUCUAACGAAAGGAAAUAUCAACCCUUGGAAUGAUCAAAAAUUUCAAAAAAACUACAUUCAAUACAUGCACUCUGAUGUUAUUUCUCGUGCUGCUGCAUUUGUUUUAGCAGAAGAAGGGAUAAAGUACCCAAACUUUGGUGUUACCAAUAAUGCGUCAGAGUCUUUAAAUAAAGUUAUUAAGGAUCUUAUUGACAACAAAAUAACAAAAAUGGACUCUUGCAUUUUAGCUAUGAAUUAUCUCAGUGCCUAUUUUCACAGAGAAGUUGAAAAGGGAUACUAUAAUGUUGGUUUGUAUCAGUUAAGUGAUGAGUUUGCCUUUAUGUUAAGAUCAAGAGAUGAACUUAGCGCUAAUCAAAUCAUCCUACCAGAUGACAUAGUAAAGCAUAUAAAAGAAACUGAAAUACAUUACAAAGAUCAUAACAAUAUUUCUUCUCCUUAUGCUUCUAUAGAGAUGUUAGUUGAAAAACCAGUUAAAAGUGAUCUUCCAAAACUUGUUUAUUCAAUAUCCUCAUUAGCAAAGGAUAUAUUAAAUAAAAACAGUGUUGUAUUUGUUCCCUAAAAUCGAAGUUGGUCAGUGAAAGAAUCAGAAACAAUUAUUCAUUCUGUAAAUUUGAACCCACCUGCACAUUGUACUUGUGGUGCCUUGAAAAAUUGUGUUCACAUUUUAGCAGUUCAAUAUCUCUCUGGAAAUGUAAAUAGUUUAGAAAACUUUGAAGGGAAAAAAAGAAACUUAACUUCACUUAUACAAAAAAAUAGGCUUAAAGUUGAGAGAAAAUCAGGCAAAAAAACCCCAAGGAAAUGUGAUAUUGAUUCAAAUUUAAAAACAUUGAAUUUUUGUGAACUUGCAGUUCCAAAAAAUGAAAGUUUCAGUAUAAAGCAGAAUGAGCAAUCUACUGUGCCUGAAAUAAAAUAUCCUAUUCCAAGAGGACUUCAAUGGGGUGUUGGUUUGGUUUUAAACAGUUGCACAAUUGAUAACACUUUAACAAUGUUGAAGUUGCGUUGCCAUGCAGAUAAGUACUUUUUAAAUCACCUUGGUACUUCAGAAGCAGAAAUAGAGCUUAAAAAAGCAAUGAGAUAUUUAAAUAAUGAUGAUGACAAUUAUGGUAAAGAAAUCUGGGCAUGCUUUUUAAAAAGUAAAAUACAAAUUACAAGCUCACCUUGUUUUAACUUAUAUGGAUCAUCUAAAACAUUUUUUUUCAACCACUUUAAAGAAGCAUUUACAUUCAAGAGUGUUGGAAAAUGUUUUACAUGUUUAAAUAGUUCUUUUCAUCCUUUUGAUUUUAUAGAACUGCCUCCAAACCAUGACCCAACAGACUAUUUGCUAGGUUAUUUGAAAGAUAAAAGAUUGCUUCUAAAUUGUUUAGUUUGUGGCAAUAAAGAAUUAAAUCACUGUUGCACGACAUUAAAAUCUCAAAAUACUUGGAUGAUUGUGAUUGAGUGUGAUAUUCCUAACAUUUCAAUUUCUUCGCUGAUGAAUUUGCCAAAAAAAAUUUUAAUUGAAAAAUGUUACUUUUCCUUGGCAUGCAUAACUCUUGGACUUAAUGCUCACUUUACAUCUUUGCACUACAUAAGAGAUCAAUGGUUUUUUUAUGAUGGUAUGCAAAAAAAUGGAAAACUAACCAAGAUGAUACCAUAUAAUUGGCAAAAUAAAGUUGCAAACCAUGUCAUUUAUCUUAUUGAUUAAUGCUUUUUGAACUGAUAUGAAUUGCACUGUAAAGUUUUAAGAUUUUAGAUUCAUUUUUACUAUAUAGUGAUAAUAUUAUAACUAACAUGAUAUAUUUAUGUUUUAUAAUAAAAAAGUUGUGUUUUUUUAUUUAUUAGAGUAAUUUCUGUUAUUUAUAUAUAGCUUUUGAAACACUUACAGUGAGUUUGCGAAUAAUUUGAAAGAAGUUUUAGUUAAAAUUUUCCUUGUGUUAGAUAUUUUUUUAUACCCAUUUGUUUUCAUAUAGUAUUUAGUUUUAAAUACUUUUAGUAAUAGUAGAAAAGAAAAUGUUUUUAAAGUUGUUGCUUUUUUUACCAAUAAAUCUGGUAUAAUUGGUAUUGUUUUGUUUUGCAUCAUAAUACAAAUUUUCAUAAAAUAGUUAUAUAUUGUUAUAUAUUUUCAUGUUAUGUAAAACUUCUUUAACAUAGAUAGAUUUAUGUAACAUAGACACCCGAAAAUUGCGAUAUAGGUUGACAUCUAUUUCAAAUGAUAUCAAAAAUUAACUUUGAAUAUGGGUGUAUGUAAAAACACUGGCAACCAGCUUGUAUGCCAAUAUAUAAAAGUCUCAUUGACCCAUGUUUCAGUGUAUGCUGAUGUAGCUUCUAAAAUGUGAGAGGGCAAGGAAAUUAGACGUUACAGUACUUUUCACAAACUAAUCUGGCUUUAGUCUAUAUACUACAAGAAGUAAUAAGAAAAAUCAAUUUCAGAAGAUUACCAAUCCUUUCUUCCUGGCAUCUUUCAAAAACUCUUAAAAGUGAAUUUGGCAUUGACAGAUACUAAAUGGCGAUAAUUAUGUUAUAUCAGCAAAACGAGUAAUGAACAGUUUUAGUCUUCAACGGUUGAAAUUACUCAGCAAACAUGAAUUCAUUGAAGAAACUGAUUGUCGUUGCUCUAGCAUAAAGAUCGUUGCACGAUCGACUUGAUAAAAGAUAAAAUUACUUAUAUAUGUGAUUAAUUAAAAAAAGACAAUUAGUUUGUAAAUAAUCAGGUGAAUGGUAGCCUUUAUUAUAUGGCUGGUUGUGUUCAGCACAGGAUGUUGUGCAUAGUUAAUGUAACAAUAUCAGUUUUUCAGUUCCAAAAUUAAAAAUUAUGUUUCACAUAGUAAA